AUGCAGGGCCUCCCCAGACGCGGCGCGCCCCCACCGCCCACCAUCCCCCGCCGGGGCGGCCCUCCCCAGAAACGCGCCCUCCCGCACGUCGCCCGCGUGCUCGCCGUUGCCAGCGGCAAGGGCGGCGUCGGCAAGAGCACCGUCGCCGUCAAUCUCGCGUUCGCCCUCGCGAUGCACCCGCGCCCGGGGAACGCGCGCCCACGCGUCGGCAUCCUCGACCUCGACGUCUUCGGGCCCUCGAUCCCGAAGCUCAUGGCCCUUGAGUCCGCGCCCGAGCCCGCGCUCACCGACGCGGGUGCGCUCGUCCCUGUCGUCAACCACGGCCUGCCCUGCAUGUCCAUGGGCUUCCUCCUCCCCCGCCCGUCCGCUGACGACCCCGCGGACGAGAAGCCGGUCGUCUGGCGCGGGCUCAUGGUCCAGAAGGCGGUCCAGCAGCUCCUCUUCGACGUCGACUGGCGCGACCCGGGCUCCGCCGCGCCCCUCGACGUGCUCGUCGUCGACAUGCCCCCCGGCACGGGCGACGUCCCCCUCACGCUCGCGCAGCUCGUCGUCGUCGACGGCGCGGUCGUCGUGUCCACGCCGCAGGACGUCGCGCUCACCGACGUCCGCAAGGGCGUCGCCAUGUUCCGGAAGGUCGACGUGCCCAUCACCGGCCUGCUCCUCAAUGAGUCCCACUUCAUCUGCCCGUCGUGCGAGGACAGGCAUGAACUGUUUGGCUCCCCAGCCGCCUUCCGUGCGACCGCCGCCCGGUUUGGGGCGGACGUCCUGGGGGAGCUCCCUCUCGUGCAGGGCGUGAGCCAGGUCGGCGACCGAGGGGUGCCGUAUAUGCUCUCCUCCGAGGCGGACGGGGGUGGGUCCCCGGGAGGGAAGCAGUGGAAGGAGACGAUGAGUCAAGUGGCGAGUAAGGUCUGGGAUUACCUCGAUCGGCGGUGA